AUGCCUCACCACCCACCACCCCGAAUCCAUCCUAUCCCGAAACUCAACGAGUACUCUCAACUCGUCACCCCGCUCCUCGCCAAACUAAAACCCACUCCCGACGCCGACACCCUGCUCCAGACGCUGCGCCAUCACAGAAGAGCCCGUCGAAUGUUUGUGGAGAGUCAGCAAGAGGGUCUAGUGGCUCAGGAGCCCGUGAGAGUCGGUCAGAUGAUUAUGGAAAUGAAUGGUUAUGUGGCGUUGGCUACGGAAAUAGCAACUGGUGAUUCUGUCUUCCGGUACGAUGGAUUGGGAUUGAAAAGGCAAAUCUGUAUUGACACCAGCGCUUUGGGAAACGACACCAAGGUUACCAGAAGGUCGUGUACCCCUAAUUCCAUUUUGGAGCAUGUUCUGGGCUCAGGAGCCACACUUGGAGUUAUGAUAGUUGCUCAAAAAUACAUCCCGAGAGAUGAUGAAGUGACGCUGCCGUUUGAUGCAGAUUAUAAGAAUUCUGAAGUUGCGUUGGGGUGUGCUGCGCAUCGGGAGGAUAUUUUGGCGUGUCCGUUUGAGCAGGAGCGUCGGAGUACUCGGCGUCUAAACCAGGAGCGGAAGGAUAGCGAAGAGAUAGCGGCAAAAGGCGUCCCCACGUCGUCAACGGCUCCAUCGACACAUACCAAUUAUCGUUCCGUCCCCAGUCGUGCCGAACGAAGAAAAGCGUUGCAAGCUGCCGCCAUUUUACCUGCUGAUGCACCAAAAACACCAUCAGCACCGACCACUAUCUCUGCAGCGAAGAGAACACGCCCCUUGCCUGGAAAUAUGGGAGAGGACAUCGAGUGUUCGGAGCAAGGAAAGGAAAAUGAAUCUGAAAAGAAAAAGGACGCUGAAAGUAGUCCGUCAACGGAGAACAAUUUUCUUGUUCAACUGGAUUCCCGUUUAAUGUCUCAAACUUCAAAAUCUGGUGAUGUGUCGACAGCAGCUCCAUCAUCAUCUGAAAGUCAUCAACCAGCGUCGUCGGCUACUUUUGAAGAUACUGCAGCCCCUACCACAUCCAAAGUACAGAUUAGUCGCCGACUUUCUAAUCGUAGUCAAGCUAUAUCAAAGAUACCGACCACAUCUUGUCGAAACAGCGAAAGAAAAAGUUUACGAGCCCCAGUAGCAAAGAGGCCAUGUCCCUGGUCUGGAAAUCUGGAAGAUGAGGUGGUAGAGAAGGAGCAGAGAAAAGAAAAGAAAUCAGAGGAGGUGAGAGGUGCUGUAAGGAGUUCGUCCUCCGACAAUAAUGUUCAUGUUCAACAGUCUUCUUCACGUCUUCCUUCACAACCAAAGCCUUACUUUUCAAAAACUGAAAAUGUGCCGACGUCGUCGCCCGCUUCUGGGAGUUCUGAAGAUCCAUCCACUCUUGAAGCACGCCAUCUUUCAAAUAUUUCUCAGCGAAGGUCUUCAGCUGCUCCACAGCCAGAAGACGCCCCCGCGUCGUCAUCGGCUUCCACAGCGACCCCAUCAUCUUCUGACCAUCGUCUUUCAAAUCGUUAUCGAGCUGCUUUGGUGACACCUCUCACAACGCGACGUAAGAGCGAAAGACUUAUCCCUGCAGCGAAAAAGCCACGUUUCUUACUGGCACCUAGCACUCCUGGCAGCCGUCAUGCUUUGAGACACCGUCUAGGCUACUUGGGCACUCUAAUGAAAGAAAAUGCGACGUGGAACGCGAUGGAAGACAAUUUCGAGCCACCGAGUGGAUGUACCGACGUCACGACAUGUUCGGAAUGGGCGAAGGAGGCUCCUGAGAUCCGACGGGAGGUGGAAGACCAGAAUACACCUGGACCGGAAUCACGACCACUGGCUGCGUCUUCAAAGCCGAAGUCAUCUGUUAACAAGGAGCCACUCGCCAAUCGACGCUCUCAGAACAGGGAGGAGCCUGGUACCAGCGGAUCGUUGAGUAGCGCUGGUGUCCGUAAUGGUACAAUCACUGAUGUUUUUGAUGGAAAUGUGUUGACAUACAAAAGACGUCGUUAUAAUUGA